AUGACCCUUACCACCCUCCUGGCAACCCUCACGCCCCAUAAUGCGCAAACAGAAUUGAAACCGACUCCCAUAUACGCCCCCGAGUCUGUCCCGCGCAUCAAAAACGCAAAACGGCUGAGCACCACCCGCUGGAAACAGCUUGUCCGGGCUGCGGCGCGAGAACAUGAUGAUCCGCCGCCGCCGCCGGGGCUGGGGGAGUGCUGUGGGAGUUCGUGUGACCCAUGUGUGACUGAUCUGUGGCGGGAAGAGCUGGCGUGCUGGAGGGAGAGGUGGGGAAGUGCUGUCGAAGACAGGAAGGGGGAGGCUGUCGGAGAGAACACAAAGACGGGGGAGGAAGGAGAUCAACAUCGGGGGUGUAAACAGCGGAUGCCGGGGAGUUUUGAUUGGUAG